GACGCUGCGAGAUUUUUCUCGACGAGACAGCCCGUGCAUAGUCAAUCGAAUAAUAAAUACCGUGCAGUUCCCGCCCGGAGGCGGCACUCAUCGCCAUGCUGCCCUCAUCCGUACGACGAGUCGUCGCCGCGGCGCCUCAGUCGCCCGCCGUUUCCUCCCUGACUUCGGUCGUCCCGCGAGCCGCCGCCGCAUACAGCCUGCCGUACCGGCCGACCGGUCUGCACCAGCGCCGCUACUCUUCGUCAAAACCGUCGAGCCCGGACGACGGCUCCAGAGAUUUUGCCGCUCGCUCGGUGCCCGCCUCACGAGGUUCCAAGUCGGAAAAGACAAAAGGGCAAGCAAAGGCCCCCAUUCCGCAGCCGCCAAGCGUCCCCAGUACUAGGCAUAUCGGGGAUGAAGGCCUCGCCCUCUCGACCUUCUUCGCCCUCCACCGACCCAUCUCGGUAACCCAGCUCAUGCCCAAGUCCGUGUCCGACGACACCUUUGCCCAGAUCUUCGCCACGCGGACCCGGAGCAACAAGGUGGCCGACGUGCUAUCGACGCUAUCACAGACGGUAUCUGACCUAGAGGAACCCCUGUCGAGAAUGAGCAUUGCCAACGGAGAUCAGCAGCGAUCGCACGACGCCCAGGACGCCGAGGAGGGGACGGCCAAGCUCAGCCUGAGGCACUCGGACGGGUCCGAGACCAACCUCCACAUCCAGCUCAACCCCCUGGCAGGCCAGUACCUGCCGUACGCCCCGCCGCCGCCCCCCGAGCCGCUCACCGAGGCGGCCGAGGCGGAUGCCGAGUCGGCGGCCGACAGCGCCGUCGCCGAUGAACUCGCGGAGCAGCAGCAGCCCGAGACGCAGACGCGCGUGUACAAGGCCGUGGUGACGAUCGAGGAGACGGUCGACGCCGACGGGCAGGUCAAGGUGGUGGCGCACAGCCCGGAGCUGAUCGAGGAGGACGCCAUCGUCGGGCGGCCGCGCUCGUUCCUGGAGCGCAUGGCCUGGCGCCAGCUGCGGUACGACGAGGCGCGCCGGCAGCAGGACCGCGCCAUGCAGGCCAUCAGCGUGAAGCGGCAGCGCAAGUUGAAGAUGAAGAAGAAGAAGUACAAGAAGCUGAUGAGGAAGACGCGGAACAUCCGCCGCAAGCUGGAUCGGUUGUAAGAGGGGGGCCACGGCGCCUCCCCUGUGUGUAAAUAUCCCUCUCGCCUUUUUCUUUUUCUUUUCUUUUUCCCUAUCUUGAUUA